AUGGGGUCCUCGUCCUCGCCGUCGCCGCCGCCACCGCCCAUGAUCGGGCGGGCCGGGAAUCUCACCGUCUUCAUCACGCCGCCGUCUCCCGCUAGCACGCCCCGGGGCGCCUCGCGCACGCCGCCGCCCGAGUCCCAGCGCUCGGAUUUCUCCACACCCACCCCGCAGAGGGCAGCCCCGUCGCCCUCCCCUUCCCCCUCGCCGCGGAACCACGAGAGCCCGGUCGCGGCGCCUGCGGUGGUGUUCACCCCGCCCCCGCCGCCGGCUCCUGUGAAGGUCGCGCCGCCGCCGGUCCAGUUGCCGCCGCCGCAGUACGAGAAGGCGUCCGUGGGGGGCAAGCACGACGGAUCGGCGUUCGGCUUCUUCUGGGACGCCGUCGCGCGCGUCCAGGAAGCGCACGCGAGCCUCGACGAGUACGUGGCUACCUGGUUCGGGUUGGAUCAGUCCAAGUACCAAUGGGCGCUCAACGACUACUACGAGGCCACAGGCAAGGUGAGUGCUCUUCGACUUCGCUCCUCUUCAACUUUGCUGAAUGACCGUGUAAUUAGGGGGAAUCGCGUUCGAUCCGUGUCGUUUCGUCUCCGCUAUCGGUACUCUGAUCUGGAUCUGUAUCUGGAGGUCGAUGGAGCAUUUGAUGUUUGUGUGGCGGUGGAUGUUGGUUGGUAA